AACUCUGUCUCAAUCCUUCUCACCUGUAAACUUAAAAAAAGAAACGAAGAAGCUCUUUUUCUCCCCUCUGAAGAAGAAAAGCAAAAUCCACGAGAGAAACAGAUAGAAAGUUGCAAAAGUGCGUUCGAUUUUUGCUUCUUCUUCUGUUUCGGAUUCGGAUUUGGAUUUGGAAUCUGCUCCUUUAGCAGAACCAGAGGAAAUGGUGACGUACGUGAGCGCGUUGUUCUACGGAUUCGGAGGGAUAGUCGUCGCCGGAGUGGCGCUGCUCGUGGCUUUCCAGGAGAAGCUUGUGUACGUCCCAGUGCUUCCGGGUUUAAGCAAGUCUUAUCCGAUCACUCCCGCUAGGCUCAAUCUCAUCUACGAAGAUAUUUGGCUUCAAUCAUCCGAUGGUGUACGUCUCCACGCUUGGUUCAUCAAGAUGUUCCCUGAAUGUCGAGGUCCAACCAUUUUAUUUUUCCAGGAGAACGCUGGAAACAUCGCUCAUCGUCUGGAGAUGGUUCGCAUCAUGAUACAAAAAUUGAAGUGCAAUGUAUUCAUGCUUUCAUAUCGCGGCUAUGGGGCAAGUGAAGGCUAUCCUUCACAACAAGGUAUCAUAAAAGAUGCUCAGGCUGCAUUGGAUCACCUUUCUGGAAGGACUGACAUUGAUACAUCUAGAAUAGUUGUAUUUGGAAGGUCCCUUGGGGGAGCUGUUGGAGCUGUGCUUACCAAAAACAAUCCAGAUAAGGUAUCUGCAUUGAUUCUGGAAAAUACUUUCACAUCCAUUCUUGAUAUGGCUGGCGUUUUGCUGCCGUUCUUGAAGUGGUUUAUUGGAGGAAGUGGUACGAAAAGCCUGAAGCUUCUUAAUUUUGUUGUACGUUCUCCCUGGAAAACAAUUGAUGCUAUUGCUGAGAUCAAACAACCAGUGCUUUUCCUCUCUGGACUGCAAGAUGAGAUGGUCCCUCCAUUUCACAUGAAAAUGCUGUAUGCGAAAGCGGCUGCCCGUAACCCUCAGUGCACAUUUGUGGAGUUUCCAAGUGGGAUGCAUAUGGAUACAUGGCUGUCUGGUGGUGAAGUUUACUGGAAAACAAACUUGCAAUUUCUCGAAAAGUAUGCGCCUGAGAAAAGGAAAGAAGAUACAGGAAGGUAACGAUCAACGAUGCUGUGUUUAGAGGAAGAUUCGACUCACUUAUUUCCUAUUGCAACCUGAAACGACGGUAUUGUUUGUUAUAAGCAUGUGUAUACGUAUGUUGCAUUUGGGAGUGACAGAUACAACUUGUUCAGAGAGUGAGAUAUUGGACAGGAACUUUUGUAAGCAGAACCAGCUAGUGGAGAUGGCAAGUGUAAGCUAAUCAGAUGCAUUUGCUUCGUCUCAGUUUUCCUUCUUUUUUUUGGGUUAUUUUUUUUCCAAUUGUUGUUGGUGUUUCUCAUCUGAUCGUAACUAUUUCCUCUGGAUGAUCAUGGCUUUGUAGAUGAUUGAGAAAAGUGAAAAAAGACAUGGUUAUAUGAUUAUAUCUUGAAUGUGUUGAUUACGUCUGUCAUUCAUAAUAUUUAUGAAAUCUGUAGAGUAGUUUUUUUCCCGACAAACUUGAUUAUGUUUGAAAAUGAGAUAACACCAAACUAAACGCACGAAGACAUUAUUAAUGUCCAUUAUUUAUGUAUUUUUAUUUUUAAAUAAGUGUUGUGACUAGACCGGGUCGGUCACUGUCCACGGGGCAACUUUUUAGUCUG